AAUCGAUUCAAAACAGGAACCCAAAUGGAAACGAUAGAACAAGAUGGAACAAGAUAGGAGUGCGGGAAGGGGAGUUGAAGUGUACUUAAAUGUGAGGAAUGUGGACAGAGUGAGAGAAACAGACAGAGAGAAGAAGAGAAGAAAGUGGUGGAAGUGUGUGAUGUUUCAUGUGAAAGGUCAGGCUCUUUAGAAUGUUUGAUCUCUCUCUCUCUCUCUCUCUCUCUCUUUCUCUUUCUCUGUCCCUCUCUCUUCAUCUGUCUGACUCAAGCCCAGUGUCACAAACUCCAAACAGACUGGGAAAUGUGACACACACACACACACACACACCGUCUGCCCUCUCCACACAGUUUUCAGCAUCAGUUAAAUCUGUGCUGUGAUCUAUCGGGCUGUAGUUUGAUAUGACGGGUAGAAUAGUUGUUAUCUGAUGGGUUCACUUUUAUUAUUACAUUAUUUAUUGAGUGGAUCACUUUGCGUGUCUCAUUGAAGUGUUAAGUUGUGACUAGUUUUUCUCCAAUCGUAGUUGUCUCUUCUCGUUGGAAUCUUGCAUCGAUUCUUCUAGUGUCAUCUCAUUGGAGUCUUUAGUUUGGCAUUUGUGGCAUCACUAUUGAGAGCUGAAGUCUCGUCUUGUCUAGUCUAGUUUAUUCUCUUGUCACCUUGUGCUGUCUGGUCUCGCCUGGUUGCUAUGGGUGCUGUGAUGGCAGCUCUCUCCCUGGAGGCCAGGAGGCGUCUGUCUCGCCCCAACAGAGAGAAAGUUGACAGUGAUUUGGAGCUGUCUAUAGUUCGUCACCAGCCAGAAGGCUUGGACCAGCUGCAGGUUCAGACGAAGUUCACCAAGAAGGAGCUCCAGUCACUAUACAGGGGCUUCAAGAAUGAGUGUCCGAGUGGUUUGGUUGAUGAAGAGACGUUCAAGACCAUCUAUUCUCAGUUCUUUCCCCAAGGAGACGCCACCACCUAUGCACAUUUCCUGUUCAAUGCGUUUGAUAUGGACAGAAAUGGCUCCAUUCGUUUUGAGGACUUUGUGAUCGGCCUGUCUGUUCUUCUGAGAGGGUCAGUCACAGAGAAACUCAACUGGGCCUUCAACCUGUAUGACAUCAACAAGGAUGGAUACAUCACUAAAGAGGAGAUGCUGGCUAUUAUGAAGUCCAUCUAUGAUAUGAUGGGCAGGUACACCUACCCAAGUGUACGGGAUGAGGCACCCUCUGAACAUGUGGAUAAGUUCUUCCAGAAAAUGGACAGAAACAGAGAUGGAGUGGUGACCAUUGAGGAAUUCAUUGAGACCUGUCAGAAGGACGAGAACAUCAUGAACUCCAUGCAGCUCUUUGAGAACGUCCUCUAGAGCCCAGCAGAACAUUCUACGUCAUUCUCCCAUCGUCCGAUCCCGUCCUCCUGUCUAUACACAACCCCUGUCCAAUCGAAAAAUACACAUACACACACACACACACA